GCCGUUUCCCGUUAAUGUGUAAUUAUAAAGAAGAAGAGGCAUAACAAAAGUAUAUUUCCCAUUUUGAGGGUGGAAGAUUUCUACGCCAUAAUUGACCUAACAAAUUUAGAGAUGAUACAUAAUGCUUGUGAGCUGUAGAAUAUAUGACUAAAUCAGACCAAACCGCAACGAACAUCGAUUCUUAAACAAUCGCAUGGGAUAAAAAUAAGGCAGAAACAAAGGGAUUAGCCGCCAUGGAUCCCCAGAAGAUCACCGAGCUGGCCAACCUGCUCCGCCAGAACGGUGACAAAAUAUUAAGCUCAGAAUUUACCUUAACGUUAUCAGGUUCCCUUCUUCGAGCACUAAACGACUCCUUCACACUGAUAGCGGACAUUGAGAUCGGGUCUGGCGUGAGCUCCCAUUUGCAUCACCAGUCCUUCCAAGUGGUCAAACCUAUCAACGCAAAGUCCAGCGUCUUCCCUGACCUGCAGCUGGUGCACGAUUUUGUGCAGAAGACGACGCUUCUCAAGCUGACCUACUUUCCUAGCGAACACUACUUCGAGGGAGCCAUCGACAUCUCCAAGUUUCGGGCAUUGCGUCGGCUAGAGGUAAACAAAAUCAACAUCGGCCAGGUGGUCGGUAUCCAACCGCUGCGCAGUCAACUGCAGCACCUGAUCUGCGUAAAAAGCUUGACCAGCGUGGACGACAUAAUAACACGUUGCGGCGGCGACAACUCCAACGGUUUUGUGUGGAAUGAACUACAAUCAGCUGACUUUAGCUACAAUAGCCUGCGCAGCGUAGACUCCGCCUUGGAGUUUGCCCAGCACCUGCAGCACCUCAACCUGCGACACAAUAAGCUAACCAGCGUGGCCGCUAUUAAAUGGCUGCCCCACUUAAAAUCUCUGGACCUAAGCUACAACUGCCUUACGCACCUUCCGCACUUCCACAUGGAAGCCUGCAAGCGGCUGCAACUGCUCAACAUCAGCAACAACUACGUGGAGGAGCUGUUGGACGUUGCAAAGCUUGACGCUUUAAGCAGCUUAGAUUUGUCCGAUAACUGCCUGUUGGAGCACUCUCAACUUUUGCCUUUAAGUGCCCUGGUAAACCUGACUAUACUGAACCUGCAGGGGAAUCCGCUCGCCUGCAAUCCCAAACACAGGCAGGCGACUGCACAGUAUCUAAACAAAAACUCGACGACGGUGAAAUUUGUGUUGGACUUUGAGCCUCUGUCCAAGGCGGAGAAGGCACUGACAGGCAGCCAGAAGUGGCGUUACAUUGGCUCGCUCAACCAUCGUCUGCCCAGGAGUAGCUCCGUGUCCAUUAACAGUUCCAAUGCCUCCAUUAACAACAGUGAUGGCUCCCAAUUUUCUAGUUUCGGGUCUCAGCGUUCGGUGACGAUCAGGAGCAGGGAUAGCCAGUCGGAGGCGGAGCAGUCAAUGGCAACGGACACUGUUCAAUCCAACAAAAGAUUAAGCUCUAAAAAGAUGAGAACAGUUGACAUAGAGGAGAACAAUGAGAAUGAGGCAGAGACGGAUCCUGCUUCCGCUCCUAAGACUCUGUCCGACCCCGAAGAUGCAAACGAUUGCUCCCACCUGGAGACCAAGAAGCAAAUCGAGACGCUUCGCCUCACUUAUGGCAGUGAAUGGUUGAAACAGGGAAAUGCUGAGCGGAUGCUGGGAAUUGAAUUAGCUCAGCCUACUGAAAGGGAGCGCAACGAAGCUCGCAAGCUAUUUAAUGAGUUCUUAGGGGAAUUAUCGGAAUCAAACGAAAGAAUAAAUUCUUUAGCAGAUUCGACGAAUCUAAACAUUAGCUCUACCCCCUCGAACAAAACUUUGUUAAGUACCACCUUUGACACCACUUUGACCCCAAUUAAGGGGGAUGUGAACGAUACAAGUGGACAAAGCCUUUACGAGACCUGUACUGAAGGUGAGGCGACAAAUUACGAGAGCAUAGCCAGCACCAGCAAGGAAAUACCGGAGGAGGAACAUCCGCCUGAUAAGCAUAAGGAAUUCCUGAGCCUAUAUGCGAAUAGCUCGAAUGAUGGUCAUGAUGAGGAUCCGGUAUCCGAUGCGGAGGCCGAUGAAGAAACCUACAUAGUCUACCUGGAACAAAAGCCUAGUGAAGCUCUGUUUCUCACCGUAUCCUCAAACUUUAUUCGCGAAAAGGAUACGCUAAGCGAAAGAACGAAAACCAAAUGGAGUUUGAAAAUUCUGGAAUCAUGCGAGCGUGUAAAGUCGAAUACAAUAAAAAUCAAUUUCGACACAAUGCGAAAGGAUAAGCAGGAGCGGAUAUAUUGUGUGGAAAAUACUUUGUGUCAGGAGUUGGAAAAGAAAUUACGAGACAUCCUUUCGCAGCGUGAUCUUACCGAAAUGAACAUAUCCAUAUAUCGCUGUGUAAAUUGUCUAACUCAAUUCACAAUUGAGCAGAGAAGCAGCCGAUAUAAAGCAAAAGAUGUGAGAUGUCCGGACUGUCGCAGCGUCUACGUGGCUGAAGUUACAGAAUUAUCAACCUCUUUGAACAAACCUUCUGUGGAGAGGGCGGCAGAGCCAAAACUGUCACCCGCAAUGAUUGUGGACGAAUCGCCAGUGGAUCUUUCUGUGGGGACGAUAAGCAAGGAGGAAAACAACAGCAUUGUGGCCAACUCCAGGCUUACAACAGCUAAAAACACACCCAAGCGUAGGAGUUUGAUGCAAGCCAUAAAAAGUUCCGCUAAUUCGUUAAACGAGAGCAGCUCCUGUUCAAAAAUUACUAACUCGCAGAGCUCCUUUGACUCCAAUCAGUCCGUCGUGGGCAGUUCAAACACGGAACGUGACAUAGAGUUUCGAGCCAACGAGAGUGAUGUGGAUAUCAUCUCCAAUCCGAGCCAGUCCAGCAUAGAGGUUCUGGAUCCGAACUGCGUGCUGAGUAACAGUCGAAAGACAUCAGAAGAACGGCGCAUAUCCCAGCUGCCCCAUCUUGAGACGAUAAGCGAUGAAAUAGUUCAAUCUAAGAACUUCAUCGAACGAGAGUUCCACCAGCUGCUGGCAGAGCAGGGCCAGGCUGCCAUACCUGCUGCCCCAGCUCCCGCAACUUCAUCUGUUUCCCAUCUUCCGCUCACGGAAAGCAGCUCUUCGGGAUCCGUGACUGAUAGCAUUUGCACCACCUACGAGCAGCAGGGGAUGGAUCCUCAGCAAACUCUGCCAAGUUCGCAGUUAACCAAAUCGGCAGAAAGCCAUAUUAGUAACUCAGAUGCAGACAAAAAUAAUUCUUUGAAAAAAGCUAAGGACAGCAGUCUGCUACCCUUCGCAUCCGUGUUUCAAUCAACCACCCUUCUGAUGUCCAGCUCAAAAAAGAUAACAGAGUCGGAGGCUACUGUGCUAGGCACUCAACCUUAUAAGUUCAACUACAGCGACUUCAACGAUAUAGAUCACCGCCUAAAGCUCUACUUCUACCAGCGCAAGUUCAAGGAGGAUGGCGAACACUUUACGUGUCUGGUCAAGGGUCGCAUCUAUAACGAGCAAACCCAGGGCCUGAGCGAAGGUCUCGUGGUGGUGUCCAACUGCAAGUGCUACUUAAUGGAGGCGUUCGCAGUACCCCAAGACGACGUGGCCAAGUGGCUGCGGCAGGUCGUCAGUGUGCCCGUCAAUCGGAUAGUGGCAAUUGAACAAUUGCCCUGGAAGCUGGGACUCUCCUUCGAUAUAAGGGACUGGGGAGGAUUUAAGUUGCUGUUGCACGACCCGCUGAGGACCGACAGCUUGCUUCUCUUUUUGCAACAUAACCCUACGACAGUUCAUUGCAAAGUAAAUACACAACCAUCGCCCACACUUAGCAAUCAGUUACAGACUGUUGCAUCCGAGUCAGUUAAGAUGUGCUCCCUGCUUCCUAGCUGCCAAUGGAUUUGUGAGCAAGAGAAGAGCAGCUUCGAUCCCUGUUUGCUCUUGAUCACAGAGUCACACUUGUACAUCUCAGGGAAAUUCUCCUGCCUGUCAGACAAAUUGCAGGAAAAUUUAGAACACCAUGAACAAAGCCUCAACCAGCCUUUGAGUAAUUUGGUGGAAGUGGAACGCAUAACAGAUCAAAACUAUGCGAUCAGUUUUAUCGAUGAAACGCAAAAUAAAAGCGAGGUGUGGCACUUGCUAUUCGAAACGCAUGCGCACGCCACGUGUUGUUUGAGUGUAAUCGGAGAAGGAUGGGAGCAGCUUUUUGGCGUGCCAUUCAGCCUCUCUGGAACGGAAUAAAGAUCGCUAUCCGAGGGACCAACUAGUAAGAAUUUUCUUACAGCAGUAAAAAAAAUUAGCCUGUUCCAAUUACUGUGCAAAAUUAAGAAUUGUUGAUCUUAUUGACUAUGUUAUUUAAUGUCCGAAUAGUUUUAUUGACUUAACCUAUUGUCUAGGCUGGGUGUUUCAAUUACAAAAAGUGGUGCUUACCCAAGACAAAAAUGUAAAUAUUUAUAAAUGUAAAAGGUUAUGUUUUUGAAAUUCUGCAAUAUAUUUUAUUUACAAAACCAACAAAAUUGUAAAUUUUAUUCAUUUCUGAAGUCAAGACUGCACAAUAAGCCUAGUCUCCAAGGAGAGCGAAGUACGUUACGUAGUGAUGUUAAUUGGAAGUACUUUUGUUUUCUGGCAAUUGUCAUGUGCAAUUAUCGUUUGCACUUUAGAAUGGUGUUUAAAGAAAAAGCUGUAUUAAGGUGUGUCCAAGUAAACCACUUUUAUUGAAUCAUAAAUAAAGAAUUUUUUUUAUUAUAUGUA